CCUCGCCCUUUGUCGCCUGUGCACCUGCCUCCUCGGCCCUGGCUCCCACUUGCUCUCUACAUCGGCCCUUACCCCCAGGACCCAGCACCAAAUUCGACUUACUCCUUCAGCCCCCAGCCGUCCGUCCCCCUUUGUCGCCUGUGCACCUGUCACCUCAACUCUCUUCACACAUACAGACCCAUGUUCAUCCAGAAAUCCAGCUCAGGCUGUCACUGCCCCUUCUUCCCAGCUGUGAUGGUCCCCUACACCUGCCCACUCACCCCCAGCCCCAGGUCCUCCCCCAGCCAUGCUCCUUUGUUGUCGCCGCAGCUGGCCCCAGGCUCUAUUCAUCCUUCUCCCCUAGUGAUGCCAAACGGCAGGCCAGGCCGCCUCCCUCUGACCAGACACCUCCCAGCUCUGCUGUGCCAUCGCCUGGGGCCAGUGCCCAGCCCACUCCUCGCUUGGCCCAGCCUCCUCACCUCUAUCCACUGUGAGCCUCUUCCACCCCCCGCGGUCCAGUCUUCUCUGAUGCCCUCACCAGCCCAGCCCCCAACCUCAUCACCCUCUCCUGACUGCGCCCCGCUCCCAUCUCCUGGCCUCAGCCUCCGGACCCCUCUGAUCACUUCCUCCUCCACAGGGGCAGUCGAGAAGCCAUGGAGCUAAGCAGCAAGAAGAAGCUGCACGCCCUGUCCCUGGCUGAGAAGAUCCAGGUGCUGGAACUCCUGGAUGAGUCCAAGAUGUCCCAGUCAGAAGUGGCCCGGCGCUUCCAGGUGUCCCAGCCCCAGAUCUCACGUAUCUGCAAGAAUAAGGAGAAGCUGCUGGCCGACUGGUGCAGCGGCACUGCUAACCGGGAGCGGAAGCGCAAGCGAGAGUCCAAGUACAGUAGCAUCGACGAGGCCCUGCUCUGCUGGUACCACAUCGCCCGGGCCAAGACCUGGGACGUGACGGGGCCCAUGCUGCUCCACAAAGCCAAGGAGCUGGCUGACCUCAUGGGCCAAGACUUCGUGCCCAGCAUCGGCUGGCUGGUCCGCUGGAAACGCCGAAAUAAUGUCGGCUUUGGGGCCCGCCACAUCCUCUCACCUCCGUUUUCCACAGAGCCACCCCCUCUAGUGCUCCCGCCCCAGUCCCAGCCCCCUCUUUCCCUGAAAGACUUCUCCCCAGAGGACGUUUUUGGCUGUGCUGAGGUGCCCUUGCUCUAUCGGGCAGUGCCUGGUAGAGUGGGUGCAUGUGAUCAAGUUCGGGUGCUGCUCUGUGCCAACAGCAGGGGCACGGAGAAGCGUCGGGUACUGGUGGGGGGGCACCAGGCCUCCCCGAGAUGCUUCUUUGGGGUCAGCAGUGAGGCCCUGCCUGCCUCCUACCACCCCGAGCUGGGCAUCCCCUGGACGGAGUGGUUGGCACAGUUUGACCGGGACAUGGGGCGUCAGGGCCGCCAGGUAGCCUUGCUGCUAGCCGCGCGUGUGGUAGAGGAGUGGGCAGGCUUGCCCGGGCUCUGCCACGUGCGCCUCUUACCUCUGGCCACCACCAGCACCCCUCCUUCCCUGCCCAGCUCUGUGGUGCGGGCCUUUAAGGCCCAUUACCGACGCCGGCUGUUGGGCAAGCUAGCUGCGGUUCAAAGUGAGAAGGAUGGCACCUCUCUGGCUGAGGCCGGGGUGGGCAUCACAGUGCUGGACGCUCUGCACCUGGCCGCAGCGGCUUGGGCCAAGGUAUCUCCUCAGCUCAUUCUCACCAGCUUCGUUCAGGAAGGGCUGGCCCCAGGCAAAACACUGCUGUCCCCAGACAGAGCCCCUGCAGUGGCGCCAGUCCCCAGCGGGCUAAGCCUGGAGGAGUUUUCCCGCUUCGUGGACCUGGAGGGCGAGGAGCCAGGCCCUGGACUGUGCAAAGAGGAGACAAGCACUGAGGAUGCAGGAGGGCGCCGAGAGGGCGGCUUGGAGCCCCUGCCCACCAAGGCCGAUGCCCUCCGCGCCCUGGGCACGUUGAGGAGAUGGCUUGAGUGCAACAGCACCUCCUCAGAGCUCUUCGAGAAAUUCUACGACUGCGAGGAGGAGGUAGAACGGCUCUGCUGCCUGUGAAGUCCACUUGGCUGUUCGCCGUGUUCCCUCCUCUCCUGUUUCCCAUGGAAACGCCCCCGUUCUCCUGGAAGCAGACGGGGCUGGUCCCUUUCCCAUGGAAAAAGCAGAUUUUUUGAAAAGAGUAGAAGGAAGAGAAGUUGGGAUAUCAAGUCUAAGCUCUAGAUGAAAGCCGUUCAGACUCUGAGAAAGGGGAGUCUAAAAACAGGCUGUUAGGGUAGUGAAUCUAGGCUCUGUAGUGUCUAAACCCUGCUGGAAAGUUCUAGAGCCUGAGAGAACGAGAGUCCAGGGAGGCUGGGACUUGAAAAGGCGGAAUCUGGGCUUUACAGUCAGACCGAUCCCUUGAACUCUGUGUUAAAAAACAGUUCCGCUUCUGGAAAUAAAAGUUUUUUAAUGAGAGAAGAGGCCAGGAUGCAUUUCCAUGGAAGAAGGGUGAAACCAGUCGACUCAGAUUUUAAAAGUCGGUUGCUGACAGCUGCUGCAGUGCUGGGUGACCAGCAGGGGUUCUCCUCGUCAAAUUCCAGAAGGAGGGGCUCUCAGGGAACGGGGACUCCUCCUCGGCCCCUAGUGAGAAGUGAAGCUUAAGGACAGACAGACCUUGGGGUAUUGUCGAGGGCAUUCCGCUGCCUUGAUAAUUUCACUCUUGGACUUCGGUGGUGGGGGUGGUAUCUGAGGAAGGAGGGGUGGCAGGCCAGGGACAUGUCAGAACAGCAGAAGGAGCCAGAACCUGGAAAAGUCAUUCAUUCAUCCUCUUCAUUCAUUUGUUCACUUCACACUGUCUCUUCAGCAAAGGCCAAGCUGGCAUUUCUGCCAGUCAGGACUCGCAGUCGGUGACAGUGGAGCGUGAUUCAGGGCUGUGGUAAAGGCAUUGCAAGGUGCUGUGACCCCAUCAAGCCUGGGGAGCCUCACGCAGGAGCCCUUUGAGCUACAGCUGUGAGGACAGACAGAGAAGGGGUGUGAAGGGUGCUCCGCACCAAGGGAGCAGAGGUGACUGGGGUGAAGGAGCAGAGUGGGCGACAAGGGGAAGAGCCUGUAGCCCACCAAGCUUAGUGCAGGGACAACUAUUUCCUGGAGUUGAAUGGUAACGCAGAUAGUGCCGGGGGUCAGAGAUGUGAGGCCUGGAGGCAGAGACUCUGACACUGGUCCAGGUAAGAGGUGGUAAAGCCUGAGCCAGAUGGUGGGAGCAGGGUGGGGAGGGAACUGUCACCUGGAAGGACAUGGGCCUCAGACACAGAUUCUGGCUGGCGAGGAGUCCAGCUCCAGGCCGUAAUCCAAUGUGUGAUCUUUCAGGCCUGGCCACAGGCAAUUACAAGGCUUUGCCUGGCAGGCCCCAUACUGGAAGCUGCCCUCCCCAACCCAGCCUUGGUGCCCAGCCAGUAGGUUGCAGUUUUCAGCGGAGUUGCAGUCAGGGACUCGGUGCCCCUCACCCCCACCACGCUCAUACGCACAUUGCACUCCUAGCCUGGUGCCUCCAUUCAGAGCCCUCCUUACGGGCCUUGGCUGAGACACUUCUCUUCAUCUUGACUCGGUACUUUCCUGGUUCUAGCCCUCCCGCCAUCUUUCCUCCUGGCCCAGGGGUGUCUAAAGAGGCAGGAGCUUUUGGUCAGGCUCCUAGGCUGUGCUGCAUGUCAUCUGACCCUCGCCCAGUGUCCUUCCUGAGGAGUUGGCGCCUCUUUUCGCCUCUCACACUGUGGCAGUAAGUGAAUAAAGACUGGAUUGUUACUUUCAGUGUGGCUCCUUGUCCUAAUUGACCACCUCAACACCUGGCAGCUCACUGCUAAACAGUUAUGAGGCCUCCUGCUGGUCUUCGUCUUCUAGCCCAAGACCUCAAAUCCUUUAGCUCUUCCUCCCAGACUCUGUUCUUCCUACUCUAUUCAUUUAAAUUUCUCUUUUCUGACAUCGUUCCAGCUCUGACGUCUCUCUUUAAAAAUGUCAAAACCAAAGUUACACCAGCUCUGA